GUGAUGUUGGCAAGCUGCGCAAGGCCAAGAAGGCUUUGAGCACCAAGCAGCGGCAGCUGGCCAAGACCGGCCAGGAGCUGCCCCAGCAUAACGCCGCCGAGCUGCAGCGGAUUGCCCAGGAGCAGCCUGGCAUGCAGAAGAACUUGGACCAGCUGCGCAAGCUGUAUCGGCAGCACAGCAUGGUGAUGCAAGAAUACCGCGCCAAGCAGCAAAAGUGGCAGCAGCACAUGCAGCAACAACAGAUGCAACAACAGCAGAUGCAGCAACAGCAACAGGGUGGCCAGUUGCUGCAGGGCGCCAUGAUUCCGCAGGGCUCUCCCAUGCACCACAUGGGAGGUGGACCCCCCAUGGCAUCCAGUUCUGGGCCCACCAUGGGGCCCAGCAUGUCCCGCAGCAUGUCGCCUGCCAUGUCACCCGGGAUGGCGUCUGCCAUGAGUCCCAUGGUGCCUGGCGCCUCGCACCAGCAUGCGGUAUCUGUGUCCACCGGUGCCGGGGGCAUGACUUGUGGCCCCCCGCGCUCUCCUAUGCCACCGCCCUCUUCCCCAAUGGGAGGCCCUUCCCCAUCCCCUCGGAUGCAGCAGCCUCCAACGUCCCCGUUGGCCUCUCCCCUCCACCAGAUGUCACCACAGCUGCCUUCACCUCGCACCCCAAGGCCACCCAAUGUCCAUCCCGUGCCACAGGAUGAGCCCGGCAUCUUAGGAGAUGGUUUCCAAUUGCGAGAAGGCAUGGAAAAAGGCCCUCAGCAACAGCAGCAGCAACAUCAGCAGCAGCAUCAACAGCAGAUGAUGUCAAGCAUUGUGCAAGGACUACUGACACAACAUUCACCACUUCAUGAAGGAGAUCUUGAAGACUUCCAACAGCACCAGCAGUCGCAGCAGCACCACCAGCAACAACACAUGCAGCAGCAGCGGCACCUGCAACAGCAGCAGCUACAACAGCAACAACAGCAGCAGCUCCAACAACAGCAGCAGUUACAACAACAGCAGCAGCAGCAGCAGCAACAAAUGCAACAGCAGCAGCAGCAGCAGCAACAAAUACAACAGCAACAGCAACAACAGAUGCAGCAGCAGAUGCAGCAACAAAUGCAACAGCAGCAGCAGCACCAGCAGCAACAGCAGCAGCAGCAGCAACAACAGCAGCAACAACAGCAGCAGCAGAUGCAACAGCAGGAACAACAAAUGCAACAGCAUCAACAACAAAUGCAGCAACAGCAGCAGAUGCUGAUAAAGCGAGAGGACGGUUCCACAGGCCCUCCGGUCGGUCAUGGUGUGCGCAUGGUCCCCCACAUGGGAGCCAGGCCUCCCUUCCAACAGCACGAGGGCCAGCAUGUUGUGCUGCAUCCACGUUUUCCAGGAAACCCGCCGAUACCUCGCUACCUCAGCCGCCAAGGUGGGGAUCCAGUCAGCCAGCAUCCGCCAGGCCAUCCUUACCUGCAGCGUACUGGAGGCGUUCAUCCCAUGAUGAGGCCUCCACCUCCAUACCCAGACCACCUCCGAAAGCCACCACCUUCACCGGCCAUUUCACCAAGCCAUGGCAGCAUGCAGCCUGAAAGCAGCGGGAGUCCAGACCCAUCACGCACGCCACCGUCACUCUCGCGUCCCAGCUCACAGCCAGCACUUCAGUCUCCAGACCCACGAUCGUCACCCAUGGAGCGCCAUUUCUCGCCUGGGACACCGUCAAGCUCCUCCAGCCUGCCUCAGCGCUCCCCAGCAGUGCCACCACCUGGACCAGAUGAUGGGAGAGGUGACGGUGAACGCUCCGUCGAAAGCCUGUCUGACUUGCUGUCGCGAGUUUCCAAGACGCCCUCUGAGUCCCCGAGCCCCCGAACAGAUGAAGGGCGUCCUUCCAUCGGUGAACCGUCGCCGGGAAGAGGCUGUGUCUCACAGGACAACAGUGGACAGACGCCACCACUGUCCAAGCAGGAGAGCAUCCUGCAGUACCUCCGAGCUGGCUCUGUCGGCAGCCCAGCCAGCAACUCUAAUUCAUCUCGUGGAAGUGUCGACAGUUUUGGUGGGAUGACUGGAGCUCAGCCUAUGUCCAGUGCUCCGGACACAACACCACGAGCGAUGCUUCUCUUCGCAACCACGAUUCUGCUCUUGGCAGGCCUCACUCAACAGCAGUCCACCCAAGAGCUCAAUGCAUACGUGGACAAGAUACUGAAGGAUGAGCUGCCCAGUGAGGCGAAGCUCAUCGACCCGCUGACAGUACGCGGUUUCAGCUUCCACAUCAGGGACCACCCCCACUACGCCCACGUCAAGUUCGAGCCCUCAACGAUUACGGGUCUGAGCACCAUCCAUCGCUCGGGAGACUGCUCUUCUUACAGCCGGUUCCCGUACCGCGUCUACGUCGGCUGUAACGUCACUUAUGGAGUAAUCAAGGUGCAUGUCAAGAGCCAGCUGAAGUACGACCACAACAGCACGACCGUCACGGCCGACACCACUUUCCCUGAGGUCCACGGCCGCCUCUACGUGUCCGUGGGCGCCUGGAAGGGACCAGGGCUCACGCCUACCCCAAGCUCGGAAACUUCACAACCGCAUUCACCGGUCUCGACGAAAACCCCGACACCCAGAAACUGCGCUGGGGAUACUACGAGGUCAUCCGCGAUGUUCUGGCUCUGAGCAUUGAGAGGACCCUGUCCUGGGCCAUCCGCCGACAGUGCCGGCAAGGUUCUCUGGCCUUGCUGCUAGGCCGAAGAUGGUGUUUGGUGUUGUACCAUACAAAAGACGCGGCAAUAAAAGACAACACUCACUGCUUCUACAAA